GACAUAGACGACUUCAUAAUUGCACUGCCAGUGAAAGAGAUGAACGACCUCUACGUGGCGAUUUGUCGCGGUGAAGAUGACCGUGCGCACAACUUUAUCUGGAUGAUGCGUUGGCAGGAGCCGUGCAUGGAGCUGUCUGAGGUAAGCCAAAAUGUGUAUCGUGGCUGGUUACGGGUAAUGAUAUCUAUGUUUGAUUUCGAUAUGAAAAUGUAG